AUGCACUCAGAGCUCUCUGACGUUAUCACCAACGCGUCCACCAACCCCGUCGCGCCCGAAUCUGCCACCGUUCCCUCCCAGCAUGGCCUCGACUCGUCAGAUCGCUUGCUCCCGCUCCGCUCUGGGAGUGCGGCGGGAGCAGACAUCGGCGCACCAGACGCGGUGGAUGACGCGCUCUUUGGUGCCUAUGCGCUCGGUGAGCUCGCUGCCGACGAUGACGCUCGAUUGAAGAAGCCCAGUCCGCCGCCGCGCAAUCGCAUCGCCGAGUAUGAGAACGCGCUGUCGCCAUCGCCUCAGAGGAAGCCCGAGGGCCCCAUAUUCGAAGUCAUCAAGAAAAACCGCAAAGCUGGAGACAAAAGCUCGCCCGUGGCAAAGCUGCCAAAUGGCGCAGAUUACGUGGCGGUGGAUGGUGAUGAGGAUAACCUGCGCUCUGAUCGGAGAGCUUUUGCCAGACUUACGGCACUUGCAUCAUGGAGGAGCGAGUACAUUCUACGUACUCGACUCUUGCGGUCGCUUGGCCGUGGAAAGCCUAUGGCACUGCCAACGCCAUCCGCGAAUUCCCGAUCCAAUGCGAACCAGACCCCCCAAGCGAUCAUCAUGUACAAUUCGCAGUUGUUCACAACUGUGAAUCACUUGCAUGCUACCUUUGGCAGUGGCCUGAACAAGCGUCUCCCGCUGUUCAUUCAUGGAGCCAACGAUAUUGGCAUGGCGUCUGCCAGUGAUCCAAGCGCCGGAAAGGCGGAUGGAUGGGGCCUUUCAGACCCUCAGCUCUUCCUUCAAUUCUUUGAACGGUUCCCUGGUGAAGCUCAAUGGGGACUCGGCCCUGGCAAUCUGGUCGGCAAUCCCAACGUCAUGGAUGUUAGCCAGCCGUAUGGCAUGGUGCAUGGCGAAGGUUCUCCUGGUGGGAGCAUCUACCACCGUUCCACAGAAGAAAUGCGCGGCCGUUUCUUGUCUCUUCCCAUGGAGCUAAGCUCACCAGAGCUUGGGAUUCCCAAGCUGCUUGCGUCAACGGAGGCAAUUUCUUCCGUAUGGAUUGCAAAGUCUGCUUCUAUUCCUACGCUCUCAGAUGGAUUGAUCGGCAUGCUAUGCGGCUCGUCUUCAGGCGUUGUCUCAGCAUACAGCCUUGGCACCAACGGUCUGCAGGACUCGCGCCUGGGCCGUGGUGAGCUUACGGCGCGCUGGGUUCUUAGCCCUGGUGUGCCCAUUGUUGCUCUGGCAGUGGAUGAUGCCUACUCCCCUAAACGCCUGGGCCAGAAUCGUGUUUGGUGCAUCGCUCUUAACGCUCUGGGAGAAUUGUUCUAUCUCACCAAGUUCCCGAAACGUCCUCCUGUUCCGAAGAACACACGUCUAGAUGAGCCUGUCCUAGAGCGGCUUGCAUGGGCAACCGGUCGUACUGUCUACUGGAGUAUAGUGGAGCCCAGCAGACGUGUUGCACGCCCGGAUCCCUACCGUGAGAGAUCAGUGGAUGGAAGCUACUCUCCUCGUUCUUCGUGGAAUGGCAUGUGCCUCACCGAAGAGCAGAUCAAAGCUGAAACCCAGGAGAUCAAUGCCUUCUUGCGAAUGAAGCCAAUUGACUUCCGUACGAUGUGCAUUGGCUGGGACAUGAGAAGGAAAAUGGAAGUCGAUUUUGCUGGAGAUGAUGGCAACAAUGCUGGCGAAGCCGUUGUCGUGUUCGACUGCGGCCUGGAUGAAGACUCAACGGCUUCUGCGAAACGCUUUACGCGUCUCAAGGUUCCCACGCAAGUGGAGAGCAAGCCCAUGCCUAAAGAGGUUUCUGAAAUUGUCAACAAUGCUACUCAGUCAUCGCUCUUUGGCGGUUCUGAUAUCCCAUCUCGGCCGCCUUCUACGACACGCCCUCGUCAAUCAUCCGUUCUCUCCAAUGCCGUAUCCCCUGAACGGCCCGACCUGGUUGAAGAGUGGAGAUGCUCCAUGCUCUCAUUCAACGGUGCCAAGUCCGUCGAGGUGGCUACCACAACCCUGGACAUCUCUACGUAUGCGACGAUGACUCUGUCUGAGGAUCCAAUCUUCGGUUUCUCUGGCUCGUCUACAGCAUCUUCUCCCUAUGCAUCGCCAUUCUCAGACCAAUCUCAAGCAGCAACCCCUGCAGAUGUCCCUGGACAAAGGGCUCGAUUCGUUGCCGCUGGAACGAAUUCUGGAAGUAUCUUUGUGUGGGACAUGCGCGCUGCAGUUGCGAAGUCCACAGAUCUAGUCAACACCAUUGAGCCUGUGCGAAUCAUCUACACGGAUUCGCCCCAAAUUUCGUGCCUUGCAAUUACCGGGUUGUACCUUGUCCACGGCGGCAAUGAUGGCUUGGUGCAAGCAUGGGAUCCACUGGCGUCCAGCAUGCAGCCUAUCCGGACCCUCAACUCCAGGUUUUCAUCCCGUGCUCGUCGUAGAUUGGUCCAGGCACAAGCUUCUCCUCAAGGUGUUGGAAUCAAUUUGUUUGCCGCCGGAGCUAUCUGCUUGGACCCCGACCCAACAGUGCUUCGAGGCAUGGUAUCUCUCGGUACUCAUCUGCGCUACUGGAGUUACAGCUCCAGUGCUGCGGACCAGUACAAGAGUAACAAGCGACGCGUGCGGCGUUCGGAACGAGGGAGCAACAGUGGCGGUGCCGGCCCAAAUUUUUCUGCUUCAGGGCGGUCGAAGAUCAUGGACUUCAUCUCGGCCGAGAAGCACGAGAUGGAAAGGGAUGCAAUCCAGCGACAACGUGAAGCUGACCAUCUGGCCGGCCGUUUCGGUGUCGAUCUCCUCGACGAUGAAGAGCAAGCUCUGGCGUACGCAACCAUGCUAUCUCAAGAGGCACUUGCAAGCGAGGCCGAGAAAAAGAAACAGAGCGAAGCCAGCUCGGUCGUCAGCGACACUCCGACCAUUCCUGCGACCCUGACGCCAUCGGUAUCGAGUAGCCCGGCUCUCAACAAUGACGAAGACCUCGAUGCCGACCUCGCCGAAGCUAUUCGCUUGAGCUUGCAAGAGAGUGAAGGAUCGUUCCCGACGUUCGAUGAAGUUCCGGCAGCUCCAAUCGACAAUGGGUUUGAUAUUCCCAUCAAAUAUGCCAAGGGCCGUAAAGCAUCACCGCCGGCUUCUUCAUCCCGUCAGACGUCAUGGGCUGAGCCAAACGAGGCCGGUGCUGCCGGAUCGAGCAAUGACAAGGAGAUGGACGAUCUGGAAUAUGCGAUACAGCUUAGCCUUGCGGAGGAGCGGAGCAGAGCUGAACAAUUCGGAGAGUACGAAAAUGGCAAUGCCGAAGUGGCGGCCGAAGAGUUCCCUGCCCUAGCCCCAGUUCCUGGCGCAAAGGGUAAGCGUAGGGCCUGGUAA